AUGAACUUUCAAUAUCUUCUCCUUGUUAUCAUCUUACAUUCCUCAUUAUCCAUUCCUUUGACAUUCAUUGAUCUAUCACAUACGAUUCACCCUUCGAUCCCGUUCUUUCCCAGUCAAGUACGUUUUAAUUUCACACAACGCAUUGCCCAAUGGAUGAAUGAAGAUAAUAAAAUUUUCUACGCAGUCAAUGCAUUUACCACAAGUGAACACAUGGGUACUCAUAUUGAUGCUCCCUAUCAUUUUUCUCCAUCUGGUUGGAAAGUCGAUGAGAUUCCACUUUCUCGCUUAAUAUCUGUACAUGCUCGUAUCAUUGAUGUUUCCAAACGCUGUAGUCAAAAUAAAAACUACCUUAUCACAAUUGACGAUGUAAAAAGAAGUGACUUGUCUGUACCUGAAGUCGAUGCCGAAACUGGCGAACGAUUUUUAUUUGUUUUGAUCUUCUAUACCGGAUGGACAAAAUAUUGGCCCGAUCAAACAGCGUAUGCUGGUAACAAUUCGGAUGUUCAAUUUCCUGGUUUAAGUGAACAAUUAGCUAUCUAUUUGGUUAAUACAUAUGGAGAUAAUUUUGUCGGCGUUGGAAUUGAUACUCUUUCGACUGAUUACGGCCAAUCAAAAACAUACCCAGUUCAUCAAAUACUAUCGCGACAUAACAAAUAUGGAUUGGAAAAUCUGGCUUUAACCGAGAACUUGUUAAAUAGUGUACAGAAGAAUUUUUUUACUUUAGAUAUGCAUCCGAUGAAGAUUGGAAAUGGAACAGGUGCGCCUUGCCGAGUCGUUGCACGAUUGAAUGCUUCCAGACAAAACACAAAUUGGUUUGGCUUGUUGGUUUUUUUCAUUUUAACUUUUCUCCUUGGUUUUGUUAUUAAAAUAGUCUAUGAUUGCAAAUGCACCCAAAAUAAAGAAUACUGA